AUGACGGCUGAGCAUCCGACGUUAGAAUAUAGUACAGAGCAAGGCUCAAGCCCAAGCAGAGAUGUAAACCACGUCCGCUCACCCCUGCCGACCCGAGUCAGAAGCGCAUGCGAGAGGUGUCGUCGCCAGAAAACGCGGUGUGAUCCCUUCCGGCCUUGCUCUCUUUGUGCACGAGCUAAAGUUGAUUGCCGACCUCUCGCCGUAAGCCAGACGCGGCAAGGUAGCUUGCGAAAUCGCAAAAGAAAUCUGGGGAACCGCCAACGAAAGCCAAAUUACCUGACGGCAACUUCUGCCAAAAAGCCGGAAGGUAUCAGUCACCUUGGGAGCCGGCUUUCAGAGGCAUUGGCGGGUAGCAACAGUGAUCACGUAUCUGCUGACUUUCAUUGUUCACAACCAUCAAUCGACUAUGGCGAAGAAGAGUCUGCUGUGGGAAUUGCUCAGAAGAUAUUUGACCUCGGUAGGCAGCACAUGGACGAACAGGCCACAUCCGCCAUCCCCGGUUACAGAGCCAGGUCCAGUGCUAUCGCUCAGUCCACAGCAGCUGUCGGCGAACGGCUACCCAUCUCUUCGGUACUCGGUCAGCAACUGCCCUCAAUGGAGCUGGUUUAUGUUUUGCUGGAGGAGUACUUUGAUACGGUUCAUUGGUUCUCUCUCGUGGUCUAUGAACCGAACUUUCGAAAUAAACUCCACUCUAUCGCGGAUGGCUUCGUUUAUCCUUCCCAGAAACCAUUUCUUUUGCUGUUGGCAGUCAUGCUCGGGAUGGGGGCAUGGUACCGAUCGCAUCGGAAUCUCACUGGCCCGCCUGACGAUGGUAAUGAGUGGCUUACCUGGAGUGCAGACCUGUUCAAAUUGGUCGAGUCGCACAUCUUGGAGUUGAUGGACCAGCCUUCAGUCACGGCAGCCCAGAUCUGUAUUCUCCUUGGGUCACACCACGUCUAUCAUGGCCGUCCUAAUCUCUCCUUUUCGCUAUUGGGCGCAACCAUCAAGAUCUCCCAAGCUGCAGGAUUGCACCGAGAACCCUCGAAGGGGGAUUUUGAGGUUAUUGAGGAGAGGAAACGCGUGUGGUGGACGAUCUACACAUGGGAUCGAUUUGCGUCAAUCACAUAUGGAAGACCGCUAGGGAUUAACGACAAGGAUUGCAACCUCUCCAUGCCAGCUGACGUGUUAGAAAAUCCGUACUUUAUCGCUCCCAGAUCAGAACUAGGACAUACUGUCUGCUAUUCUACAUAUCAGAGGGAAUUGAACCGUCUUUAUCUAAUGGCAUCCAGAGCCCUGGAAGCUGUCUUCGGUUCGCGAACGUCCGGGUCAUCAAAGGAGUUGGCCGGAGAUACGUAUUUGGCGUUGGUGAAAGAAGCCACUGAAAACAUCCAGAGGUGGCGAAGCCAGCUCCCUGACAGCUUGAUUUUAGACCUCGAGCGAGAUUUUUCGCCCCAUAGCGUGCUAAGCGUGAGAGCACAUACCUUACAGUCUCUAUCGCUACAGUUGACCUACGACAGCAUUCUAAUUGUGCUCCACAGGCCUUUGCUAGCAAGGCAGGUUGACUAUUUGUCGACAAGCGAUCGUCACUCGCCAGUGAGGAGUAAUGUAGAUUUCCCCCUCGGCCAUUCAACUGCCGCUGCAUCCAGUUCACCAAACUUGCUUCUCGAAGCUGUAUCGCCAAGCGUGCCCAUUGAAAGCCCAGUACACUGGUGGAAUGCAGCCUUGAGAACAUCGCGAGUGACAGAACUACCCCUCCUUGCUCAACUUGCUACGGACAGCCACGGAGUUGCUUUUCUCGCCAUCAACCUAUUCAAUGCGGCGAUUGUGUUAGCUAUCAUGGCUCUAUCAGAUCCUCUUUCGGAUACAGCGCAGGUUGUGAAGCGUACGAUUACCCGCAUUUUACGUCUGCAGGACCUUCUUGGAAGGCGUUCUGCAUUGUCAAAGCAAAGCACUACCGUAUUGAAGAACGUUGUAGUACUACUCCUCCGGCGGGAAUCAGAGGCGAUACUGGCUCCGAUCACUAAAAGGACCCAACAACAGAGUCACCAAACCCUGGCAGGCCCUUCUUUCAUGUCGGUGGAAGAUACCCUCCGACUACCCCUCGAUGCGACGUUGAACGUAUCUGACCUCCCGGAAGGAGGACAAGCAUGCCCGGACCUCAGCAUGGCUCAUCGCUUGAAUGAGAGCCUGGCAUCAGUACAAUAUGCAUUACCUCCAGGAGAUAAUCGAAUUUUCGAUAUGCCCGUCCGUAGCGACAGCCACCAACCUCAUGAUCUCCUUCAGGAAAACAUGCGGCCAGAUGACCGAUGGCAGCUGUCAGCUCUGCAUGACUGGAGUGACCCUAAUGUUGCUUCAGGAUCGAUAGAAAAUACUACUAACGGGGAUAGUGAAUAUGGAUUGUAUUGGCUAUGGGAUAUGUCGUGGAAUGGAGCGGAUAUGUAG